GGAAGAAAACAACCAAAUUCUUCCUUGCAUCUUUCAUUCAUACAAAAAACACCAUUGCAGAUUUUUGGAAACAGAUCAGAAAAUGAAUGGUUUAGUUGACAAGGAAACUAAGCCCAAUAUCUGCAGAGGAGGGCAGUCACUGCAAAUGAGUCAGAUACUACGAUUUCCUUUUGCUGAUACCUCAGAUAAUGAGGGUGCCUUAAAUCAUUUCAACCAUCGUCAUCCAUUGUUUCAAUCGCACUUUCGACAGAGAGAAAGAAUCCAAUGCAGCUUUUGUAACAUUGUCAUCUCUGGUCGAGGUUAUGCCUGCAAUAAACAUUGUGAUUAUUACCUUCAUGAGGUGUGUAGUAACUUUCCAAGGGAAAUUCAGCAUGAUUUUCAUCCUGGAUCUGACCACAAUCUUAUUCUCCGGCCCUUUAAAGCCACAAACCGAGAACAGUUUCAUUGUGCUGCUUGUGGACAUGAUGAUUCUGUUCAUUCUCUGUUCCAGUCAUACUAUGGCUGCGAGUCGUGCAAUUUCAAUCUUCAUGUUGAAUGCGCUUCUAUACCCAUAACCUUGGACCAAAAAGUGAAAUAUCCGCUUCAUCUGUUCCUUUCUUUCCCAAUAACCAGUGAGACUGCUACUCUCUCCUGCUCAAUUUGUACUGAAGUUGUUCCCACUUCUGGAUGCUGGCUAUUUUACAACCAUAAGCAUGAUUACCUCUGUCACGUCAAUUGUGCUGCUGUAUCAGAAUACGGAGUGGAGAAUCAUUCCAUGGAUAGACUACAAAACCGGCUGCAAACUCUGGCAACAACAAACCGCCCUCCCACAACACUUGAAGGUCAACCAUCUGGGAACGUUACACAUUUCUCUCACCGCCAUACUCUCAAGGAAUAUAACUCGGACAAGUCCCUGGCAUGCAACUUGUGCCGUUCUAAAUACUUCAAAGGGUACUUUUGUAGUGAUUGCAAUUACUUUAUUGAUAGAACUUGCUUCUCGGUUCCAUCUAUGAUUCAACAUAUGUCUCAUCCGCAACACCCUCUACGGUUAACUUGCUACUUGGAUUAUCAAAAUGAGAAUGUCAAUUGCCGGUGCUGCCAGGUUAACAAAGAAAGUAGUCAUAACAGGGCCUACUAUUGCGCUCCAUGCAAAUUCAUUUUGAGUUGCCAGUGUGCUGGAGCUCCCAAAACCUUGACGCUGGCAAGCAAUGUCUCAUACAAGCUCUUCUUUGAAUUCCCCUUUAAGCAUGAGAAUGCAGAGGUCAAGUGCAAAAUUUGUUCCGAGAAAGUGGUGAUCAAAGAUGGACUGUUGUACUAUAAUCUAGAGCGUGAUGAAACUUUGCAUGUUUCUUGUGCCCUCACAAACGAAUCCAAAAAGAAAAUGACCAGUUUAAUUCCACGGUUAAAUGAAGUGAGGAUAACUGAGUAAAUCGAAAUUAGUUCCUCCUCAAGACUGGAAGUUUAGUACAGUUGCAAGUAUGAAGGUGUUUGUUUUUUGGCAGUGUGUUAUGUCUUGAUGUGUGUUUGUUUCUUUGCUUUUUCCUUUUUUGUUUCCAGCUGUUGUGCUUGUUUAUCUGUUGUGGUGAUUUUGGUAAUGUUACUGCUAUGUGUUGUCUUAUCUUGGAAUGAAAGCUCUAUUGCCUUCUUAUUUUUAUGGUUAGGCUUAAUUUAA